CGCACCAUAGCUUUCCCGCCUAAAAGUAAAAAGUUGAAGGAAGAAGAGAGAUCAUAAAUGAGCGCAGAGGGUCUGCCGACGAAGGAGGCUAACGUGCUCAAGGGGCACGAGGGCGCAGUUUUGGCCGCAAGGUUCAAUUCAGAUGGCAAUUAUUGCCUGAGCUGCGGCAAAGAUCGGACCAUACGCCUCUGGAAUCCCCACCGUGGAAUCCACAUCAAGACCUACAAAUCUCACGGUCGCGAAGUCCGAGACGUUCAUGUUAGCCCGGAUAACUCCAAACUAUGUUCUUGCGGUGGUGAUCGACAACUCUUUUAUUGGGACGUAGCAACUGGUCGUGUAAUUCGAAAAUUUCGUGGUCAUGAUAGCGAGGUGAAUGCUGUGAAGUUUAAUGAGUAUGCAUCUGUUGUAGUAUCAGCAGGGUAUGAUCGUUCAUUGCGUGCUUGGGACUGCAGAUCUCACAGCACUGAGCCUAUUCAGGUCAUAGACACCUUUUCUGACAGUGUAAUGUCUGUUUGUUUAACAAAAAAUGAAAUUAUUGCUGGAAGUGUUGAUGGAACUGUUCGAACAUUUGACAUUCGAAUUGGUAGAGAAAUAUCUGAUGACUUGGGGCAACCUGUCAAUUGUAUCUCUCUUUCAAAUGAUGGUAAUUGCAUAUUAGCCAGUUGCCUGGAUUCUACUCUACGUCUUCUAGAUAGGACUUCUGGUGAACUAUUGCAAGAAUAUAAAGGCCAUGCAUGCAAGUCUUACAAAAUGGAUUGCUGCCUAACAAACACCGAUGCCCAUAUAACUGGUGGAUCUGAAGAUGGCUAUAUUUUUUUCUGGGAUCUGGUAGAUGCAUCCGUAGUUUCCAGAUUCCGUGCUCAUACCUCAGUGGUAACUAGCGUGAGUUAUCACCCGAAGGACAGCUGCAUGAUAACUGGCUCUGUAGAUGGCACCAUUCGGGUUUGGAAAACUUGACAACAGAAACCAGAAGCUUUUUAAAUUGCUUUGCUGCUUCUCUUUCCUUCUGUAUUCGAUGUCCAUCGGAUUCCUGUAGAAAUAUUUAUAUCAACACUGCUGAAUUUUAUAUGGUCCCAAUUUAAGGCCUCAUUUACAGCUACACCCAAGGUUGCAUAAAAUUAUAGUUGAAAGGAUUCAAACUCUCUGAACCAGACACUAGAUGUUUGGAAGACUAGUGUUGCUUAUCCAAUUGGGUAUCACAUUGUCCCGCAAGAAAGUUUCGAGCUCAAAUUACUCAUCACGAUUCGACACAGUUUUAUGAUCUCAAUCUUCACAAGAUGUACCUUUAUCAUGUCCAAAAAGAAUAUACUGUAGUAGAUAUAUAACUCACAUUGAACCAACUAUCCUCUUUUGGGAUUUACCUCUUCUAUCCUAUAAAUAAAAUAAAAUGGCCAAUUAGCCACCAUUAAUAAAUUAUUCAA